AUGUUCAACGGUGACAGAUCCAAAUUUGAGGACUGGAAAAUGAGAAUCAUGGACAAAAUCAGCCUCAACAAAGAUCACUAUCCUACCCACGCUUUUCAGAUAAACUACGUCGUAUCACGCCUUGGAGGGAAGACUGUCGAGCACACGGUACCUAGACGCCGAAAGACUACAAAAAAUCCUUAUCUCUCAGUCGACGACCUCCUGGAUCAACUAAGUGAUCUUUAUGAGACUCCAGCAGACGUUAUUCGACAAAGGAAUGUUUAUGACUAUUCAACCUUCAGAAGACGUGAUAGUCAGUCAUUUUCCGAGUAUUACACAGAGUUCAUGAAACAUGCCGCGUACAUGCAGGAGUAUGGCGAUAAAGAAUAUCAGAUCAAUGUCAUUCAGCCAGAUCUCAUAAUCGACUUGAGGAACAGGGCAAACCUCCGUCUCCUGGACGAAUAUGCUAUGUACGGAAGAAAGUGGACAUUGCCAGACCUGAAGGAACACCUCAUUAUGUUAGAAUACCGUGAUCUGAUGUAUGCCGAACGGCUGGCAGACAAGAAAGCAAAGGUAUUUGCUAAACAGUAUGCCAAGGCGAGACUCGAAGAUGCAAGCAAACCACGUGGCAAAUAUGCUAUUAUUCCUCGCCCUGAUCCAGAGGAAUAUAGGCGAUAG